AGCCACGGCGCCGGAUCAGCAUUGAUCUUAAAGGUUCGUGGGCAAAACGGAUAUUGAUUUCAGCAACGGACAACCGGUAUAAGCUAGUCACGUGACGGCAAUUAACCGUCUUUUAAAUAACAAGACGAAACCUAGAUUUAAAUGUCUUUAAUCGCCUUGAUCAGUCCAGGAGAUAUAUGAAGAACAUCAGGAAAAAAAGCAAGGUUGACAUGUUGUCCUAAAGUAAGGCGAUGGUGGCAUUGUACUCGGACUGAACACAGAACUAUUGGCACUUUACACGAAGAACUUGGAUGGGACAAUUCCACUUUUGAAAAGACAUUUAAGUACCAUGUGAAAAAAGCUUUCAUCGGACUCUCAGGUAAUUUAAUAUUUCUCCCUGAAAAGUGCAACUGUUAUUUUAAAUCUGACUCAUGUCGGUCAGAAUGUUUCUGUGGUGAAUGUGUGAUAUUCGUUACAAGGAAUUUACGGCAAGUUUGUUACACUUUGCAAAGAGCAAAGGAAAUAUUUGGGAUUUAAAUAUUUGAAAGAAAACUCAACUAAAACAACAAGUGUCAAGAUGGUGUCGGUAGCAUCAAAUGUGAAAGGACGUUUGACAGACUUCAUUCAGAUGUUGAAUGAUAGAAUAAAUGACCCUAUAGCACAGCGACGUCUUAUACUUUUGAUAGUAUGUACGGCGCUGCUCUUAGAUAACAUGUUGUACAUGGUGAUCGUUCCAAUCAUACCUAUGUACCUGGAGGACGUCCUUGACUGGGGAAAUGAUGACGACACAGUAGUCCAGGCUCCUUUCAAUGCAACAUGGAAUUCCACGUAUAACUUGACAAUCCCACCACCGGCGUCCAAACCUGAUUCCUCAUCCUACACAGAAUAUGCCGAGGGAGGUGGAGCAGUCGGUGUUCUUUUUGCAUCCAAGGCAAUCGUUCAGCUAAUGGUAAAUCCGUUUACUGGUGCACUAAUCGACAGAAUAGGGUACGAUGUUCCACUUAUGAUAGGUCUUAUCAUAAUGUUUUUUUCUACAAUAAUUUUUGCAUUUGGUGAAACAUAUGCCGUUCUCUUUUUCGCAAGAAGCUUGCAGGGAAUGGGAUCUGCUUUUGCAGAUACGUCAGGCCUUGCUAUGAUUGCGGAUAGGUAUCGUGAGGAUGCAGAACGAACAAAAGCUCUAGGAAUAGCUCAAUCUUUCAUAUCGUUUGGAUGUUUAGUCGCCCCACCGUUUGGGGGUACUUUGUUUGAGUUUGCCGGGAAGGUCGUCCCUUUCAUCUUCCUCGCCACUAUGUGUUUAGUUGAUGGAAUACUCCUUCUUUUUGUCAUGAAGCCUGUCCGAUUAGAGAGGUCCCUUAUACCAAAAGAAGAACGACCACAGGGAACUCCCAUUUAUAGACUCCUCAUGGAUCCCUAUAUCCUAGUGGCGGCUGGUGCCCUAGCUAUGUCCAACAUAUCUCUAGCUUUUCUCGAGCCAACUAUAGCCAUGUGGAUGAAAGGAACCAUGAAUGCGGACGAAUGGCAAAUAGGAUUCGUUUGGUUACCGCCAUUCUUGCCAUAUAUAGGAGGUGUGGUCUUAACAGUGUACCUGGCCAGGAAAUACCCUAGCUACCAAUGGCUUGUUUCGUUAACGGGUCUUAUUAUUGAAGGAGUUUGUUGUUUUUUCAUUCCAUUUUCCAGUGCUUUCUUCGUGGUUUUGUUUCCGUUGAUGGGCCUCUGCCUGGGAGUGGCGUUAGUGGACACUGCCAUCCUCCCCACGCUAGCCUACCUUGUGGAUGUUCGACACUCGUCCGUUUACGGGAGUGUCUAUGCUAUCGCCGAUAUAUCGUAUUCUCUAGCGUAUGCUUUAGGACCUAUCAUGGCCGGUCAAAUUGUACAGACCAUUGGAUUCAUGUGGCUCAAUGUUGCAAUAAUGCUCAGCAACCUCAUGUAUGCACCGGUGCUAUUCUUUCUGAGAAGGGUCUACGAGUAUAAACCUUUCACGGACGAAUGUGACAUCCUUGUUGCAGAUCCCCCUCCGAAAGACUACAGCACAUACAUGCAAAAUGGAGGACUGCCGAAUGGAAAAAUCAAGGAAGUGAACAAUCUAAACGGCGAGAAUCACUUGAGAGUGGGGAAACAAUCCGAGAACACCUAUAUCGGCAAUGCCGAAAUUGACUAUUUCGAACCGAAGGAUGCUGAAACCUACUCUUUUUAUGGUCCCAGGUGAAACGAUGAACAAAAAGCUCUUUUAAUAGAAUUAGUUAGUAUUUCAAUGUGGUAACUUUAAAAACUAAACAAUUAAUUAUUCCACUGGUAGCAGUUAGUGAAUGUAUAGAAACACCAGUGAGGGACAUACAGUUGUUGUAGUGCAAUACAUUUGAUACACUUAAUCAUCAUUUUUUUACAAAUUAUAUGUUAAUAUGUAAAGAUAUGAUAUGUUCUCGUAUCUUGAAUGAAAAAUGCAUACGAAGUUAAAUGUAAAAUUGUCCGUUAACAUUUACUCAAUUUCUAAACGAUUAUGGAGUAAAGCUAAUACAGAUUGACAGGAUCUAAAAGCAGACUGAAACGUGUAAAUGCACCCAUAAAAAAUACUUGAAUAUGUAUGAUCUUUGCUUUUGUAAAAUGUUAAAAAACCUUUUUAUGGAAGAAUCAGUUUCUUCCAGGUAUUUAAACAGACACACGGUAUCCAUGUGAUGGGAACAGACAAAUGUGAUAUAAGUAAUAAGUAAUUGAUGUUAUACUUAGCUGUUACGUGUCCGGUACUAAUUGUCUAGUGCCUCUCUCUCUCGAACUUUAUAUAUACCGUUAACUAUACAGAACCUAGCUAUAAACACUGUAUCUAUCUACUCCAAUCCUCCGUAAUCGUUCUGAUGUAGGCUCAGUUAUAUUUGGUCUAACACAAAACAAAUGUCAUUAUGUAUGUAGUUAUAAACGAAUAUGUUCGGUUUUCACUUGUUUGUUUCCUCGACGGUAAUAUAUUUG